ACGCCUAAACUUCCCCUUUGGAUAGUCUCAAAGUUCUCGUUUAUACCCGCAGAGAGAUGGAUAUCGACUUGACGCCGAGGCUCUCGAAGAAAUCGUACGGCGGGGACGGCGGCGCCUACUACGCCUGGUGCAGCGAGGAGCUCCCGAUGCUCCGGGCCGCCAGCAUUGGGGCGGCGAAGCUCGCGCUGGAGGAGCGGGGAUUGUCGCUCCCGAGCUACUCCGACUCCGCUAAGGUUGCCUACGUCCUCCAAGGUAUUGGAACUUUUGGCAUUGUGCUUCCAGAGGCUACAAAAGAGAAGGUAAUUGCGAUAAAGAAGGGCGAUGCUAUUGCCCUUCCUUUUGGAGUUGUGACCUGGUGGUUCAAUCCCAAUGACACUGAACUUGUGGUACUCUUCCUCGGGGACACUUCGAAGGGCCACAAGGCUGGGCAAUUCACCAAUUUCCCCAUCACUGGCACCAAUGGCAUCUUCACAGGCUUCAGUACUGAAUUUGUUAGUCGUGCUUGGGACCUAACUGAAGAUGAGGCAAUCAACCUUGUCAGCAGCCAAACCAAUUCUGGUAUUGUCAAGGUUAAGGUUGGCCAAGCAAUGCCUGAACCUUCACCGAAGGAUAGAGAGGGCAUAGUCCUCAACUGCGAGGAAGCGCCUCUAGACGUGGACAUCAAGAACGGUGGGUGUGUUGUAGUCCUGAACACUAAGAAUCUUCCACUGGUCGGACAGGUUGGCCUUGGUGCUGAUCUCGUGAGGAUCAAUGGCCAUGCCAUGUGUUCUCCUGGAUUCUCUUGUGAUUCAGCUUACCAGGUGACUUAUAUCGUGCGAGGCAGCGGUCGUGUUCAGGUGGUCGGGAUAGACGGCAAGUGUGUUCUCAAGACACAUGUGAAGGCUGGUUAUCUCUUCAUCGUGCCAAGGUUCUUUGUUGUAUCAAAGAUUGCCGAUGCUGAUGGAAUGGAGUGGUUCUCUAUCAUAUCCACGCCUAACCCUGUGUUCACUCAUUUAGCCGGAAAGACUUCUGUGUGGAAGUCGAUGUCCUCGGAGGUGUUGCAAGCUGCGUUCGACACCACCCCUGAGCUAGAGAAGCUGUUCAGAUCUAAAAGGACUUCCGAUGAAAUCUUCUUCCCUCCCAAUUAAGCUAGUAGUUAGUUAGUUAGUUUCUUGCGUCCAAAUAAAGCUCAGUACAAUUUGUGUUAAGCAUUAUGAUAGACAUCAUUUGGUGUCUUAAUCUACCAUGAAAUCUAAUGUCGGUCUGUUUUAGUGCAAUAACGACCUUCUGAUACUGUCUUUUUAUUCAUCUUCACAAUGUUGGUUAAAGCAUUAGCUUUUAAAAA